AGUUCAGUGAAAGCUGUCUGCUUGCAGUCUUAAAAGGGCUGCAGGCAUUUGAAUUACUAUUUCCUCUGUUUCUGCUUGGCUCCCUUGGAGCUUUAAGUCAGCAACACCGUCAGGAGGGAUGGUGAGCGCCUGGGAUCAUCUCACAGAGCAGGAGUGAUCCAUUAGUUUCUUUUGAAUCACUUUCUCUAUCAACUGCUUGCGAGGAUCUACUGCACGCUUUGUAAAAAGCUAUGAUCGGGCUCAGUUCUGCAAGGCAAGGAGCGAGGAUCACACUGGCUGAAUAAAAGUUGUGGCUUCCCAGUCUGAGAUAAUGGUUUUGUCUGCCCCAGUGAUUGCUCUGGGAGCUACAUUGGGGACUGCUACUAGCCUCCUUGCCUUAUGUGGUCUUACCUGCUUCUGCAAAUAUAAGCGACCUGGGAAAGGAUCCUCUGACAAGGAACGAGAUCUGGAGAAGGAAAAUGCCAGACCCAGCGUGCUUCAGGCACUCCAUCAGUUUAAUGUUGAGAAGACAGCAGAACCAGUACAACCCCGGACAAUCCUCGGCUUUCCUCACAUCUAUGGCCCAAAGCCUGUCGUCACCACCUCAGAAAUUGUUAACUAUGUAGAUUACAAUUCGAAGACAGAAGAAGAACCAAGCAAGGGAAAACCUGAAGCCCUGGAUAAGAAAAGAAUGACCAUACAAGUCAAUGAAGAGCUAUUUCUUCUCCCUCAAAAUGGUGAGGUGAAAGAUGUUUGUGUCACUGAGCGCCUGAGUCCUGAAAAUGCUGCAGCCUUCAAUCAAGUCCCAGAACUUCAUUAUUGUCUGGGCUAUAACCGACAGAAAGAGGCUCUGUCCGUUGCUUUCCUAGAAGUUUUAUAUGGAACCACAGCAGGAGACCAAAACAGUGGAAGUGAUUGCUACAUCUUAGGCACUUUGGUGAGCAACUCUGGAACUAUAGAAGCCCAGACUGUGAUGAAGAAGAAGCAAGCCCACAUCGUUUGGGAAGAAGCUCUAUUGUUUCUGGUCAAGGAGAAGGAGCUACCAGAGGGGACACUGACCCUCACCUUGAGGAACUGUGACAAGUUCUCUAGACACAGCAUUAUUGGUGAAAUUAAACCAAAUCUGGCUUCUGUAGGGGAGCAGUAUGGACCAAUACAGUCUGAGAAAGUGAAAGUCCUUGACAAGGAACCAGACACAGGCUAUGGGGAAGUUCUGCUUUCUAUCAGCUAUUUGCCUGCAGCAAAUCGCCUGCUUGUGGUGCUUAUAAAAGCCAAGAACCUCCAUUCCAAACAGUUGAAAGAACUCAUUGGAAAAGAUAUAUCUGUCAAAGUGACACUGAAGCACCAGGCCUUGAAACUGAAAAAGAAGCAGACAAAGCAUGCAAAACACAAGAUCAACCCAGUAUGGAAUGAGAUGAUCAUGUUUGAGGUGCCCCAUGAUCUUCUCUGUGCUUCAAGUGUAGAGCUGGAGAUACUAAGCCAGGAUACUGAUGGGCAGAACCGCUUACUGGGCAAGUGUAGUCUUGGUCUGCAUGCUGUGGGAAUCGAGAGGAACCACUGGGAGGAGAUGCUGAGGAACCCCAGGAGGCAGAUUGCUAUGUGGCACCAACUUCACAUGUAAAUAACAAGGUAGAAAUGGAUCCUCUCAUAUCCAGUAACCUGAUCUCAGACCUAGAAAAAAAAUCUGUUUCAACAUCCUAAACACGCACAUAUCAUGAAUUGAAUCCAUUCAUGUGAUUAAGCACAAGUCUUGUUUAUUAAUACUGUUCAUAAUUGUUUUUUUAAAUUUUAUUAAAUAUUGUUAAAAUGGGCUAGUCAAAAUGGCAAAUAGUUCAUUAAGCAAUGAUAAUGAUGGGCUUGUGGAAUCAUUUCUUCAGCUUCUAUUUCUGGCCAUGCACAAAAGAUUAAUUUUAUUUUUCACUACUUAGUAUCUGAUCAAUAUUAUCAAAUAUAAUGAGUAAAUUCAUUCAACACUUUAAGAACUCAAGCCCCAAUUGUGUUGGGCCCAGUAUUGUCAUUCCAAUUGUGGCUGUCUGAUAACCUUGGAAAAUUCUAUAAAACUAUGAUAUUAUUUACCUAGCAAUUUGUAUCUUGUAUAAUCAGCAGAUGUCUACCUCUAUUUUUAAUUUCUUUUUGUUAAUAUAUACAGGGAUGUGUACCAUGUCAUCUAUAUAUGUGGCCAAGAUAAAGAGGACAAUUUUCCCCCAAAAUAUAUUUACAGUCUAUAGGCAGAGACAAGAUAAACAACAGACCAAAAAAAAAAAAAAAGGAGGGUGAGGGAUAGAAUAAGGGCUAAACAGGAGAACCAAUAAGAGCUAAUUAGAAUGCAAAUUACUGAUAAACAAGGUCCAAUUAGAUGUGAUGUUAAAUUGCAUUAAUUUGGUCAUUUCUGGUACACAAAUAGGAAGUAUGGUUCAAUGCUUUCCUUGGUUACUGCUGACCUAGCUAGAAUAGCCUUGAAACUAAGUGGAAUGGUGGGUGGAAUUGAAUUAUUCCUCUUCCUGGAAGAAUUCCAACAACAACAACAAAAUACUUCAAAAGCUGAAUUUGCAUUUCAAUGGAAUCUCUCUGCAGGGCAUUCUCUCUGCUUGAGGCAAGUAGCAAAUGGUGUCCCACUCUCCUAAUUAGAGUGUAAUAUCAUUCUUGAUAAUAAACACAUUAUUUUGCCAUCUUUGGCAUAAAAUCUUCUCCCCAUUUCUUUCCUGAUAUUCAAAGUGCAGUGGGUGGAUACAGGUUUAAGUCAUGCUUUUGAGUAAAUGUUAAGGGGGCAUGAUGGCUCAGUGGUUAAAGACACUGAGUUUGUCAACUGGAGAACUGACAGCCAGGGUUCAAGACCCGAGAUCUUUGCAACAGGGUGAGCUCCUGUUCCUUGCCCCAGCUCCUGCCACCUAGCAGUUUGAAAGCAUGCAAAUGCAAGUAGAUUACUUAACCCUUCUGUGGGAAGGUAACAAUGUUCCAUGUGCCUUUGGUGUAUAGCCAUGUUGGCCAUAUGAUCACGGAAAUUGUCUUCGGACAAUGCUGGCUUCCUCAUCCAAGAAACCAAGAUAAGCACCAUGCCGUAGAGUUGGACAUGAUUGAGUGGAAAACCUUUACCUUUACUUUUUUAAAAAAAAAAUUAACUAAUUUAUACCACAUUAACUUUUGGGGGGUCUUUAAUAGUAAACUAAUGAUUUUCCGCAUUUUUACAAUACUAAAUUCCAAUUUUCUAAGGCUGUUGCGCUUAAUGAUAUGUUAACAAAUGGAAGCCAAGAUCAGAAGCUAAAUUGCAACCAAAAGACACUCAGAGAUAUGUUGUUGUUGUUAAAUUAAAUCUCCCUGGUCAACGACAUCAUCUGAAUUGCUGCUUGGAAUUUUCAAUGACCUCCUUUCCCCCAAGAUUUAAAUAAUAUACUAGAGCCACUCUAUGGAAAUGGGGAUGCUAUAGGAACAUUGCAUCUGUCAUUGUUCUAUUCUACCCCAAUCCCUCAGAAGAUAAGGCAGAUACCAGCCAGGUGGCUACAGUUCUCUUAAAUCUGCAGUCCUUUAUUGUGUGCUGUAGUUUUCUUUUUCAGUGUUUUUGGAAAUAAAGGAGGGGGAGGGGAAUAGUGCAAGAAAUGAUGGCCUCCCAGACUUCUUUGUACCAGCUGGUAUGGUCUCUUCCUGUUCCGGAGAACUGUAAAGGUAAGCCAUAAAUAGCAGUCCAGCCAGCUGUAUUGUAUAUGGCUGUGCACACAGUGCAUCAAAUGACUCUGAAGGGAUAGCUGAAUAAUUCAUUUCCUGUGAACGAGACUAGAAUCUAGGAUUUGAUGAGUGAAAAAAAAUGUGUCAAUGAAGGAAAGUAUAACAUAUAGGCUGUUCAUAUUAGUUAUAUCUGAGAAAUAUUCCUGAGUGUUUGCUGCAUUGGUUGAAGAUACACAUAUAAUUUUGCCAUACUUCUUUUAAUUGUUUUUCAGGACAUAUACAUAUGUAUUUGUGGUGUGUGCAUGUACAUAUUUAUAAUAUUAAUGAUAAAUAACAUGCUAAAAUUAAUAGUAAGUUAAUGAUAUCAUUUAUACAACCAUUAAGUGACCUAUGAGAGAAUUUGCGAAGUAUAUGCAUACAUAUACUCUUAGGCAUGCACAAGCAAAAUCUGCUGUAAACAAAUUAUUUGCUCUGCAAAGCAAGUGAGCUGCUUUGUGAUGUACCCCUUGGCAUCUCACAGGCAAUUGAACAGGGUGGCCUGGGCUCUUGCAUUUGAACCUGGCAAGAUGAUCUCAGAUUGAGGGAGUCCAAAGAAACUGAUUCCUGGCAUGGAAUUCCUGUGGCAUGGACCAGUUAGGAAUCAACUUGCCAGGACGACAUACAGUACAGUACAUACAGAGUUGCCAGUCCCUGUUCAGUUGCUUGUGAGGUACAUAACAAAGCAGCUCACUCUGCCUCUGCAGAUGCCAGUCACAGCUGCUGGCGAAACUAGAUUAUGACCAUUCCUCCCAAGGAAUGCUUCAUAGAGACUAGUCAUGAAAGCCUACAUCCAUAUGUUAUUUCUUCUACAGUUAAUCAUUAUUUGACCACUUGCCUAUGUGGAUGGAGGAAAUGCCCCAUUCCUUUUCUUUCUUCUGCAUGUUUAUAUUUUUUUAAAAAUAACACUGGUUAAUUGCAGUCACCAGUUCCAAUAGAGUUAUGGUUUAAUUUGCAUUCCAGUAGAAUUAUGGAUUAAAAAGUUGCUCAUUUAUUACAGAAUUCUAAGAAGUAGGAGCUGCUGGGAACUAAUUUGAAGACAUAAACAAUGCUACAGCAGCUUUCACUGGAGCUUUGAUCCUUUCAAUAAGGAGUAAAACCAAGAAAAAAAUGGAUAACCCAUAUAAUUUGGUAAGACUUAUUAAGGCUUAGAGUACCUAUUUAUAUAUUCUUGCCUGAUUGAGUUGUUCCUCUGGGAGUUUGAUGCUGCAUACAGUAAAUUCUUCACUUAAUAAUGCUGCAUAAUGAUACUGUACCAUCUCUUUGUUGUUUUAGCUAGGAACCUUAAAACAAAAGAUUAAUUGGCCUCAUUAAGCUGAUUUCAAAAAGAAAUGUAUAAAACAUUCCCUUAAAAAGAUGAAUAUAGAAUUGAGCCCAGACAGGUGGAUUUGUUGUUUGCCUUUUAAUUUCUUUAAAAAAAAACAGGUCAGUUAUGUAACUCAGAAUGCUGUAAAAGAUUCUGAGUUGAAGAAAUAAGAUAAAGUCUAGACAACCUUACCAAAAAAGAACAAGCUGUGACUGGAAUUGAAAGUGCAAAAAUAAUCUGGUAGGGGAUAGGGAAUUAAUAAAGAAAUGAAAAAAAAAUCUAAAUUCUACUCAUCUGCUUCAUUCAGGCAGGAAAUUUAAUUGUAAAAUUGUCCGACAGACAAUUAUUAAGGGAUGUUUAGGAAAACAUCUUGACCCCAUAAUUUACAUACUACUAAAACUCUUGUGUCUGUUUGAUACUUUAUAAUCUUCAUUUGUGUGAAAUGCUGCAUUACAGGGCAAAGGUUUAUCGACAAAGGUAUCCCAAAUGGAUUAAUUUACAGAAUACUGGUCCCCAUUAUAUCUGAAAGAAUGACAUUUGAGGAUAUAUUUUUUUGCCAUUUUCAGUGCUGUUGGGCUGCUGAUGUUCAGUGCCAUCACCACAUUGCCAUAGUCACCUCUUUCUUAUUUUUAACAUUCCGUGACAGCUUCCACAAGUCAAUGGGGAACCCAGAAGGAAUUGAUAUGAUUACUGAUGUUCCUGGCUACCUUCCAACUAGCAAAGUCUUUGCUUCUGGGAAGUUUGUAGGGAGAAGGUCAAUAGAGAAAUGGUGCAACAUCCACUUGCACUACACUGGCCACUUGUGUGUUGCCUUGCAACUAACCUGUCUAUGGGAAGGGAAGGGAACAGGGAGGGAGAGAGGGAGAGAGGGAAGGAAAGAAGGAAAAAAAUGAGGGAGGGAGAGAAGGAAGGGAGGGAGUGAGGGAGGGAAGAAGGAAAGAAGAGGAAAGAAGGGAGGAAAGAAGGAAGGCAGGAAGAGGGAUGAGAGGGGAGAAGGGAAAGAAGAUGUCUGAUGUUCACUGCCAGCUCCCCACAAAGAAACUAAAUAGGGAAACCAACAAUAGUCAUUUUGAUUGCAGUAUUUGUCCACCUGAAGUCAUCUGUUUGCCGGCUUAUGUAAGGAAACAUCUCUGAAAUAAUGACUCAAUGAAUCAUGGGUUAUCUAGUCACAACUAAAGUUCUCUCUCAAUUACCUUAAUCUGUAUUGCAUAGCCUUUUACAGUUUUCAUAACUGCUGUGCUGGAGCAACUAAGUAAAAUUGUGUCAAAUUCAUAUAAUAGCAAACUGCCAAGGGCUACUGCUAUUGCUUACAUAAAUCUUGCAUUUUUUAGAUAAUGAUAGCCAUAUAGCCUCAUUACUUGUGGUGUUAUUUUCCACAGUGAGUUCUAUAAUAUUCUUAAAAGAAAUUCAAUAACAUUUUCAAAAGUGGAAUAUUAUCAUUAGGGAAUGAAAGGGGAACUUAUUGCUGAAAAGUUAGCAAAGGGCUAAUUUUAGGAACAUCUGAAACAGUUACCAAAACAUCGGUACACAGUAUUUCCAUCCCCCUUCCUUCUGAGUUCUUUAAAUGACCUUAGCACCUUGGAUGCUAGCUAUGAGAUCUUUGAUAAAAUUUAUUUUAUAUUCCUUUCAUGGCAAACAGUUUUACACAGGGCUUUUUUUUGUCAUAGAAUGCCCAGAAAGGAGAUCCAGCACCAUUUUUGGAUGGAACCUUGUAGGGUAGGCAAGGCGGGUUAUAUGACAUGUGUGAGUUCCGGCAUCUUUUUUUUUUUUUUAACAAAAAAAGUACUAGUUUUACAGUUUACUACUGAGAGCUUCUGAGUAUAUGCUCCUUAUUUAAUACUUUGUCACAUUCUGUUCCAGCUAAGAACCUCCUUCCUUCUCUGCAAACUGUUUGCUCUGAUUAUUGAUGGUGAUUAGAUUUACAGCCAACAUUGAUGGUAUGAUUUCUAUAAGACCAUUUGAAGUCAUCUGCAGUAGUGAAGUCUCUUGUGUUUGUGGUUUUCAAUUUAGGUACUUAUUCUCUUCCUGCAUUGUACACAGUAAUAAGUUUAUUUCUAUCCAUGACAAUCAGGGCAUGAUUGUAGCAACAAGGAAGACAUAGAGAACAGUUAGAAUCUAUAGAAGAAAGAAAAGGCCAGUUUGAUCAUAUUUAUCAGUCCAGAUUACUUUUAUUAAGGCCAAAGGUGACAUUGCUGCAUAUACAUUUUUGACUGGGGGAUGUCUGAAGAUAUCUGACUUCAGAAUUUUGAGGAAACAUAUAUCAUCUGUUUUAAAAAAACUAUUAAAGAAGCAUGAAGAAUUGAUUAUUUUAAAAGGUACAUAAUCCUUGAUACAUAUCUCAAGGCCUCAAGCUAAGAAAAUAGUAGAGAAACAUGUAUUAGAGUGGCUCAGAAGCAAUAUUUCAUUUUGACUUAAUAUUUUAAAAUACUAUUGUUAUUGUACUAAAUGAAGUAUGUGUUGUUGUUAUUGUGACUACUGUUUAAAGCACAAAAUAAAAGUAAAAGACGGUAUCUACUCUCAUGGCACAUAUGAAAAUAAAGCUACCAUUAAUCAAAAAAAAUACAGAUUGAAUUGUAUUGCUUAUUUGGAUGUUUUCCCAAUUAUACCACAUUUAUUUUAAAUUGGAAAAACUACAUUUUAAUAAGGCGGUUGAUCAUCAUUUCAUUUUAUGGCCAAAGAUCAUAAAAUGUAAUUAACUCAAAUGUCAGCGCAACUUUCAGUAAUUGGACUGGAACUU